CUGAGAAUGAACAAGCUUUCCAAAGAAGAAAAAUUCUAUCUAAUCACAAGAAACUUGAAGGAGAUUUUAGGAUCAGACGAUUUGCGGAAUAUCAUAGACAGGAAGGAUCCUAGUGUGUACUGGGGAACAGCUACAACUGGAAAACCGCAUAUUGCGUAUUUCCUGCCUCUCCUGAAGAUAAAAGAUUUUAUCGAUGCUGGAUGCGAGGUGAAGAUACUUUUGGCUGAUAUACACGCAUUUCUGGAUAAUCUCAAAGCGAAUUUCGAUGAAAUAGAUAGCAGAACGGAGUACUAUAAGCUUUUAAUAACUGAAACGCUAAAAAUGCUGAACGUGACAAAGGGUUUUACACUUGUGAAGGGAAGCGAUUUCCAAACAGGGAAGAAUUACACGCUUGAUCUGUACAAAAUAUGUUCAUUGACAUCAGAAAGAGAUGCCAGGAAGGCGGGAGCAAGCGUUGUCAAACAGCUUGACAAUCCGCUCAUCAGUUCGUUGAUAUAUCCCAGCAUGCAGGCGCUCGAUGAGGAGUAUCUCGACGUGGACAUACAGUUUGGCGGUCUUGACCAGCGGAAGAUCUUCACGUAUGCAAUGAAGUAUCUGCCUAAGCUGGGAUACAAGAAGAGAAUCCACCUGAUGAAUUUUAUGGUACCGGGACUGAACGGUGACAAAAUGAGCGCAUCAGACAUAAAUUCGAAGAUUGACUUCAUGGAUGAUGAAAAGACGAUCAAGAACAAGAUAAAGAAGUGUUUUUGUGAAGAGGGAAACAUCGAUACAGGUCUUCUGCCGCUUCUGAAACAUGUGAUAUUCCCGGUGUUCAACAUCCUUGGUAAACGGGUUAUGAUUAAGUGCGAGGAUGGGAAAGAAUUAGAAUUCGGGAACUAUGAAAUGCUGGAGAAAAUAUUUGUGGAGAGAAAAGUGCAUCCCUUGGAUCUUAAAAUUGCGAUUGGUGAAAUGUUGAAUGUUAUUGUAGAACCGGUGAGAAAGGAGAUGAUGAAACACAGCGAGUUGGUAAAAAAGGCGUAUAAAAAGUAAAAAUUUGGUUAUCUUAACGCUUCAUUUCAUCGCAUAUUUGAUACUAUACUGGAUUAUGUCCAAUAGUCGCUC